GCUCUCCUUUUUACGCUUCAAGGGCGCGUCAGCUCAACUCAACACGCCAAAGUCUCAUAUCAAGAAGCCACCACCCCGUCUCCCGACGCCACUACAGAGUCAAUCCACCCUGUCAUGACGUAGACGCAGGGAUCGAGAGACUGUCGACCCGUCACGAUGCGCCGGGCGCUCAAUCUGCGCCUCGCCGGCCAGGCCAUGGCGCUCAAGGUCUCAGCCAACCUCGUGGUGCAGUUCCUGAUGCGCUGGAAGGAUCCCCUGCGCAUCUUCGACUGGCAGCAGGUCGGCGAGUUUGCCCUGUACGGCCUGAUGGGCUCCCAGGUCGGCAACAUCAUCCAGUUCCUCCUGGAGGACUGGUUCCCAACCCGGAACGCCCCCGUCGGCGGCCUGCUCCCAGAUACGCUCGGCCACGCCCGCCAACUGGAGGAGAAGAGGGACGACGACCCGGCCAAGACAAAGACGUGGAGGACCUGUCUCAAAGUGGGCGACGAUGUCAGCUACCGCAACGUGCUGGUCAAACUGGUUCUCGACCAAACCCUCGGCCUGUUCAUCAGCGGCUGCAUCUUCCUCAUCUGCACCAACUUUAUGCGCGUGCCGCAGCUGCCCCUGGUCUUCCUCAUCGUCCGCGAGCGCAUCUGGGCCCUCAUCAAGGCCGGCUGGCACAUCUGGCCGCUGGUGGCCGUCUGCAAUUUCCUCUGGGUGCCGGUGCGGUCACGCGUGCUCGUGGCCGUGUGCGUGGGAUUUGGUUGGAGCAUCUUUUUGAGCAUCUUUGCGAUGAGGACUUAGCGAGCGGAGGAGAGCAUGGAUUAUACCCGUCUGGCCGAGAAACGGCAGUCCUUCCUUUUGUACUACUACCCGUUGUCCAAUCUGUUUAUGGACACCCUCUUAACCCAAUUGAACCGUCUGCUGGUAGCUCGCUUUAGCAAGCGGCAGGCCUCACAAUUCGUGCGGCUCAAAAGCGGACCGCCGGGAUGCUGAUUAUGGCAACACAUCUCGCCCUCACAUCAACGCUGAGAAAGCGAUUCUUUUUUAUCUUAGUCUUUGGCGUCAAUACUAUGCAUUUAUUUUCCUUUUUUAAAUCA